CACACCCAUCAUGUCACCGUGCUCCCCCGACCCUUAUUAUAUCCAGACUACGCAACAUGUGGGGAGCUUGGGUCGGCUGCCAUUUGCACAGGCGAUAAUACCGCUCUGUUUAUAAACAGCCCAGUCCCUGGUUGUACGCUUCGCGUCUUGCUUUUCUUGUUCUUUUGUUUCUGCUGAAACUAAAAGUGCUGCAUUUUGAUCCCUUUGCGAAAUAAAGUGGUAAACAGUAAGAGUUCGGAAGCGCAUAGGCGGCAUUGACUGCUGCUUCUCAAAUUUCACAAACAUUCGAUUUGUGCCCCAAUCUCCAGAGUUCCUAAAUUGAACUGACCUUGUUACAUUUUGCGCAUAUCGUGAUCGUGUUCCGAGUUUCCAAGCUCUCACGGCGAAAAUCCUCAAUCAGCAUUCUCUCCUCAAUUUGCGACAAAAUUCCGGAACCGACUGAAUAAGAGAAGGAGACAAAGAAAGAAAACCCUCAAAAAACUCAAGAGGGAUCCAAGAAUAUACAACCAUUCACCAUGACGGCCAAAUCAGCAAACGCCAACCGCUCCUUCCCCCUCCAUCCUUUCCACUCCAAUCCCUUCGAAUCCCGAGACGACGUAGUAGCAGCCGUUGCCUCGCUCCUAGACCCACUCCAAGACGGCGCCUCCGCCAACAAUGCCAUGAUCAAAGUCGGCAGCACAGGAACCCGCUUCGACGAAACAGCUGCCCAAGUUGAGGGAUUUGCCCGUCCGCUCUGGGGGUUAGCACCACUCCUCGCCGGCGGGAGCCAGUACGCGCACACGGACCGCUUCGUAGCCGGGCUCGUGGCAGGGACGGAUCCCGAGAGCGACGAGUUCUGGGGCUACAUGGAGGAUACAGAUCAGCGCAUGGUGGAGGCGUGCCCGAUCGGGUACACGCUCGCGAUUGCGCACGCGCAGUUCUGGGAUCCGCUUGGGGAGCGCGAGAAGCGGAAUAUCGAGGCGUGGCUGGGCAGUAUGAAUGAUAAGGAGAUGCCCAAUACCAAUUGGUUGUGGUUCCGUGUAUUUGCGAAUCUGGGGCUGGCUAAGAACGGCGCCAAGUGGUCCGAGGAACGUUUGAAGGCGGAUAUUAAGCAUUUGAACACGUUUUACCGUGGUGAUGGGUGGUCAAACGAUGGGCCCGAGGGGUACCGGCAGAUGGAUUAUUACUCGGGGUCUUUUGCGAUUCAGUAUCUGCAGCUGUUGUAUGCGAAGCUGGCGGCGGAUUCGGAUCCCACGCAGGCUGAGGAGUACAAGGAGAGGGCGCGCAUGUUUGCGCUCGACUUUGUGCAUUUUUUUGACCCGGAAGGGCGUGCAAUUACGUUUGGGCGCUCAUUGACAUACCGGUGGGCUAUGGUAGCUUUCUGGGGCAGUGUGGUCUUCGCUGACGUCGAACUUCCAUCGCCGUUGAGCUGGGGAGUGGUCAAAGGCAUCUACCUUCGAAAUCUGCGGUGGUGGACCAAGCAGCAGGAUAUCUUCCAGUCCAACGGUAUGCUGAGUAUUGGGUAUUCUUACCCCAACACGUACCUGGCGGAGAAUUACAACUCUCCUGGCUCACCAUAUUGGUGCAUGCUCGCCUUUGCGCCGUUGGCUGUGCCGGAGAGCCAUCCUUUCUGGGCUGCAAAGGAGGAACCGCACCCGUUUGCCAACCAACAAGUCUGCAGACCCCUGACUCAUCCAAGGCAGAUUGUCGUCCGAAGUGGUGGCCACACGUUCUUACUUUCGAGUGGCCAGGAGUGCCACUACGCGCUCAAGAACCAGCAGGCCAAGUACGGAAAAUUUGUGUACAGCGCAGCAUUCGCGUACUCAGUGUCAACGGGUUACUACACUCUGGAGCAAUUCGUCCCCGAGUCGUCCCUGGCACUCUCCGACGAUGGCGGCGAGCUGUGGAAAAUGCGACGCGCCCACAAUGGCGAUUCAGAGAUUGAGACGCACGAUGGUGUCCCAGUCUUAGUAUCAAGCAUGAAGCCCUGGCAUGAUGUCAACGUGCUCACGUACUUGAUCCCUCCAGCUGAAGAUACACCAAAUUGGCAUCUCCGCGUUCACCGCAUCCGGACCGGUCGCGAAAUCAUGUCGGCGGAGGGUGCCUGGGCGGUUUAUGGAUGUCGAGAGUCCGACGGAAGGCAAUUGACAGGACUCGAUGAGUCUCUGUCCGAAGGCGGGAAAGCGGACGCCAGGAGUGCAUUUGCAGCAGCUAGGAACGGUGCCGUGGGUAUCACGGAUUUGGCCCAGCAGGAGAGGCAAGGCAGCAUUCUACUAUCGGAUGCGAACUCGAACCUUGUUGAGAACAGGACCGUUUUGCCGACACUGCACAAGGACCUCAAAGCGGGUAGCACGACUUGGUUCGUGACGGCUGUGUAUGCUCUCCCUUCGAGCGUCGAAGGAUGGAAAGACCAGUGGAAGGCUGGUUUUGAGAAGAAGCCUGCGAUUCCGAAAUGGAUCCAGAGCAAGAUAGACGGCCGGUGGGAUUGA